CAGCUUUUUACAAGCAUGGCCCGCCUCUCUUCAGCAAUCAUCCGCUACAACAAAUACCGGGGGUGCGUACAUUCGCAUCAUGCGCGACCUAGAGUCCUCCAUACUAUCGGGCAAUUCCCGCCUGUUUCUUGCCAUUCAUUGCCACUUCCCAUGGACCCGAUUUCUAAGGAAAUUUCAGGCGCUUCGUCAACGAAGCUGCAACUGUAUUCGUACUGGCAAAGCUCGUGUUCGUGGCGUGUCCGAUUCGCUUUGAAUCUGAAAGGACUUUCUUAUGAGUACAAAGCGGUAGAUCUUUCAAAAGGGGAGCAGUUCAGUCCAGAGUUCGAGCGUUUAAAUCCUAUUUGUUUUGUUCCAGUACUAGUGGAUGGGGAUUUGGUGGUUUCUGACUCGUUUGCAAUCUUGUUGUAUCUGGAUGAGAAGUACCCCCAGAAUGCUCUUCUGCCUGUCGAUAUUAAAAGAAGAGCUGUCAAUCUUCAGGCUGCAAGUAUUAUUAGCUCGAGCAUACAACCUCUUCAGAUGCAGUCAGUGCUGAAGUACAUUGAGGAAAAGCUUUCUCCCGAAGACAGAUUAUUGUGGGCUCAACAUUAUAUACUAAAAGGUUUUACUGCUCUUGAGGAGUUGCUGAAGGACUUUGUUGGCAAAUAUGCUACAGGAGACGAAGUUUACAUGGCUGAUGUAUUUUUAGCCCCACAGAUCAAUGUUGCAUCUGCAAGGUUCAAUAUUGAUAUGUCCAGGUUUCCCACUCUAAAUAGGAUCAAUGAAGCAUAUAAAGUUCUUCCAGCAUUCCAAGCUUCUCUACCUGAAAGGCAACCUGAUGCUAAGAUACUGUAAAUUUAGUUUCUCAUAUCCAUAUUGCCAUGAUAAUUCACAGUUUGUUGCUAGAAAAGCUUUAGAAAAGAGACAUGAAUAUUCAUUACUUGUAACUGAAACUUCACCAGGUUAUUGUAAUGAAGAGUUGGUCUUUAUUUUGAUAAUAAUAAUAGCGAGAGAUGUUAUCCGGUGCUGAUA